GAAAAUGAAACCUCCGACUGCAAGAAAACCACCUUCGAAACGGCCAACUACCACGAUAGCUUGCCCAAAAAGAAGUGGAUCCGAGUUUGAUGAAAUUGAAGAAGCUCCUCCAGACCCUAGAGCAAGAAGUAGAAGUGAGGAUGUAAGCGUUCAUUGUCUACUACGAGAAAUUGAUGACAAGAAAUUAACGAAUUUGAUGGGAGGACAUCCAUCAGCAAGAUCAUCUGCUUUAAUUUUACAAGCUUUAAGACAACAAAUGUCGGUAGCCACGCUUGAUGAAUACGUUCGAGACUCUUUGGAAUGGAUGGUAUCACAUGAUGUAUUGAUGUUAAAAUCCAAGAAAAAUAGCCUUUUUGUGCGAGUUCUGCAAGCCGAUGGUGUAGAUUCCCGUGAACAAAUGGCUAGGCUCAUCAACACAAUGGCCAGUUAUACCAGUGGUCGCAGUUACUUUACAGUUCAUCACAAAAUCUUCCUUCCUUGCCUAAUUGCUGUUCUCCGUGGCAAACGGAUCCCAUCCACAACACAUGAUCAGUUGAUUGCAUGUGUUCAGAAAAUGAGUAUACGAGCAACUUGUCAGAAGGAGUUGAUUCAAAGUGGAAUGUUGGAAUGGGCGGUGAAUCAUUUGGACCAGAAGCUUAAUAAUUACGCAUUCGAAUAUCUCGCAGCACUUAUUGUCAAUCUGUCAACAAAUUCAUUGAGCCAUCCGUUAAUUACACGACUUGCUGAUUCUUUUGCAAACUCGAUUGCCAAUUUGGUAGUUAAGAUAACACAUGGACCCUCAUGCUCUCUGUACAACACUCUUCUCCUUUCGGUACUCUCGUGUCCACGUAUCCGUCUUCGUGCCAAAGAUACAAAGCUUCUUGAGGCUAUUCGUAUCCGGUUGGAAACUCGGAGAACGUGUCCGCUUUGCAAUCUUCACAUACCUUUCUUAAUCGCAGUUGUUCAUCAAGAAGUCGACUACAAUAGAGUUCCACUAACGCCAACUGAUGGAGAAACUGAUAAAUGUGGUAGUUCAUGUGAACGAGAAAUCGACUCACUUGACCCUCUACGUCCAUCGACCAACGAGCUGAGCGGUGCUCGUUUGCUUAUUCGAAAAGCCUAUAAGGAGACAGCUGGGAGCAAUUUUCAGAUAAGUGAUAUCAAAGACGGAGUAGGAUCAAAGCUUAGUUCACGUGGAAGAAAAGGAACUGGAAGAGAUGGUAGAAUUGGAACUGCAACGUCACAACAUACAUUUGUAAUUGAAACUGAAAGACGUAGGCCAUUGAUAAUCAACAUUGGAUUGAGUGAUGGAGCUGUUGAAUAUAAAAAAGCACAAGAUGAAAUAACAAGAAAGAAAGAAGAUGAAGAAAAUAAGAAAAAGAAAGAAAAAGAAAAGGUUGAGAAGGAAAAGAUGAAAGCGUUGAGACACAUUCAGUUAACAUCCCGAAAAGCACCAUCUCUGCUGAAAAAGGAGCUCUCAGAGCCAUCUACAACUCAUUUGAUUGAAAAAUUUAUGGGGAGAAAAGUGAAUGGAUCCAGAAUGUCAUUGAAUAAAAAACCUUCACUUCCUGAAGUACGUGGAUCACCACCGUCAGAGAAAAAUAAUAAUAAUAACAGCGAUUUCAAAGGAUCCAAUGAGACAAUUGUUUUGUCAUCAUACUUUUACACUGUGGAAUCAACAAGCAGUCCUGAAGACUACACCGCAGUGUUUGGAAGUCGUCCAAAAGUUGCUCGAACUCCAGAUACACAAUCGAGAUCUUUCUUCUAAAAUCGAAAACCUCAGUUAUAUUUUUUACGCGUACACGUUUGCCACAUUCUAAUUCUUCCUCUUGUUCGCUUUUUGUUGCAUUUCUCGUUUGAAUAAAAACUGAAUAAAAGUUUUAUACAAAAU